UGUGACAGCGUCUCCCAACGUAGCCCAGGCUGGCCUCAAAUCCAUGACAGUCCUCCUGCCUCAGCCUCCUAAAUGCAAGCAUUACAGGUCUGCACUGCUCCAUCUGGCUCAGAGCUGAGAUCUGAACCAAAGUUCAGUGAGGUCAAAGGUGAGAACCUCAACGCACUUUAUAAAUGAAAUAAGGAAGAGAGAGGGGACCAUGCUGUGAGGAGACGUCACAAUGCCUCACCUUGCAAGUGCCCCUCACCUGCCCCCCCCAAGAGGUCUGGGAGCCUCUGCCCCCACAGAGUUUCAUCUCAGUAUCACGGAGGCCCUUUCCAGGAUGAUCAAGAAUCCCUCCACGCCCGCCCAUGGAUCGAAGACGCCGUCGGGCUGGAAGGUGAAGCCCCCGAGUGCCCCGCUGGCCCGGGCCUGGAUGCGGGAGCGGGAGCAGUCGCUGGCGGCCGCCUACGUACCCGUGGCCAUGGAUGCCCAGGGGCAGCCCCUGGGCCCGCUGCGGGCCUCCUUCUACACGGCCCAGUACUCCAACUCCCUGAGCCCCUUCUACACCUUGCAGAAGCCCACCUGCGGCUACCUGUACCGCAGGGACACCGACCACACCCGCAAGCGCUUCGACGUGCCCCCUGCCAACGUGGCCCUGUGGCAGUCCUAGACGGCGGCCUCGCCUGUGCCCAGCACGCUGUCUCCCCUCAGCAGCGAUUAAACGUUGUCCUCCUCUG